UGGACUGUAGGCUGUAUAUAUAAGGUUUUAUACAGAGUGUUGGAUUGACGCACGGGAAGCACUGAGGCUUUUCCUCAGUAGGAGGCAGCUCUAAGGUGGAUAACGCUCGCGCACCGAGGAGAGCCAUGCUCCCAGUGGAUUUAUUCUUUUUUCCACCUUGUGGUCUCGUGCGGAUCUGUGUUUUGCCCCCGCGCGUGCGAUCUUUGCGCUGCCUGCACACUUCAAAGGAAAACUUUAAAGAUCUAAAGUAAGCCGCUGUAACUGCACGUGAGCUUAUCGGCGUGUCGUGAUUGCGCAAUACGCGUCGCACAGCUUGUCAUGAUCAUGACCGGAUUACCUUUUCUGCAGCUGACCUUUUUCCCCAGCCCGUAGAGGAUGCUGAUGCUGAUGCUGAUGCUGAUGAGGAGGUGCUGAAAAGGACAGCGUCCAUCCCGUUAAACUAGCCUACUUAAUCCAGGAGUGGGGCAAGAUCUCUUCCUGUCAUUCCAAGCUGAAGGAAAAGGCACAGAGCAGAGACAGGAGUGCAGUUUGGGUCAGGCGGGAUUGGCAGAAGAAUGCUGGUCCCAGGCGUCUGGGGGCAGGAUGGCGUCGUGUUGGCAGAGCAGUCUGGGUGUUAGAUGGUUCCUCUUGAUGCUCGUGUGGCGCUGGGCACCUCUGGGUGCUCUGAGCUGGCUCCUGGCCUCAGCUGAGCGCCCUGAGCCUUUAUCUUUCUCCUCUCUGCCUGGCAAGGCAAGUGUGGCUCAGCUCGACUGGCUCCUGUCUGACAAGGGUCCUUUCCACCGGUGCCCGGAGUAUACUGAAUUCAAGGAGCGCUUUCAACAGGGCUUCUCAACACGAUACAAGAUCUACAGGGAAUUCAGUCACUGGAAAGUGAACAGGUUGGCUACAGAGAAGAGAGAUUUCUUCAAGGGUCCACUGGCUCUGUCUCCUGAAUUCCUACGCAACCUCAGGCUACUUGGAAGGAGGCCGACACUCCAGCAGAUCCAUGAAAACCUUAUCAAGAAAUACGGCACGCACUUCUUAGUAUCAGCCACGCUCGGGGGCGAGGAGUCUCUCACCAUCUUCCUGGACAAACAGAAGCUCAGCAAGAAGUCUGAGGUUAACGGCAACAGCUCGACUGUGUCUCUGGAAAUCCUGCACCAGCUGGCUGCAUCGUAUUUCACUGAUAGAGAGAGCACCCUCAGGAGGCUCCACCACCUACAGAUCGCCACCUCUGCCAUUAAGGUAACAGAGACCAGAACAGGGCCUCUGGGAUGCAGUAACUACGACAGCCUGGAUUCUGUCAGCUCAGUGCUGGUGCACAGCCCGGAGAAUAAAAUCCAUCUGAAAGGUUUACAGGAUGUUCUCCCCGACUUCCUGCGCAACCGUUUCGUGGAAGCAGCACUCAGCUAUGUGGCAUGCAAUUCCGAGGGCGAGCUCUUGUGCCGCAACAAUGACUGCUGGUGUCGAUGUUCUGCCAAGUUUCCUGAUUGCAACUGCCCCUUCUUGGAUAUCAGAGCCAUGGAAGAGAGUCUUCGGAAAAGCAGGGAGGCCUGGAUCACCUUGAAUAAUGAGUUUAUUGAGUCAGAUGAGUUUAAGACCUUUCUGAAGAAGCUGCCCACUGAUCACUUUUUGAAUACUUCAGCUAUCCUGAAGUUCUGGAGUUUGGACACAGCCUUGCAGAGGCGCCAUGCUCAGCUGGAGACCAGCACAAAAGUAAUCUUUGGCAAAGCUAACAAAAUUGUGCGGAAACUCUUUACCCUCAGCAAGCGCUGUCCCAAACAGCCAAAGAUCAACCUGCCCAAAGAAAGGACAUUGGGUUUCUGGUUGAACAGAGUUCAGUCUCUGUUGUACUGCAACGAGCAUGGAGUUCUUGGAUCUUUCUCAGAGGAAGUGCAUUACUGCUUGUGUCCUGCAGAACAGGGUAACAUUUGCCAGGGUACAGUUCCUUGUCAGGUGGGCGAUAGUACACUGUGUUCCUUGUGUGCCCCGGACAAUGUAACCCGCUGUGGCACAUGCAUGCCUGGAAGCUUCCUGCAGCUGGGUACAUGCCGGCCAGCCGUGGCCAUCUCACUAGACCAUUAUGUGAACUUUGACCUGGACAUGGUAGAUGCAGAAGUACACCACCUGCUGCAGCGUCUGGAUGGUCGCCUGGAGGUGCGUGCAAUCUACAUUAGCAACGAUGUGCGCUUGGGUAGCUGGUUUAACCCAGCUUGGCGUAAGCGUAUGCUGCUUACACUCAAGAGCAACAAGAACAAGUCCAACCUGGUGCACAUGCUCAUGGGAAUCUCUUUCCAGAUCUGCACCACACAAAACAGCACGUUGGAGCCUGUGCCUGCCAUCUACGUGAACCCAUUUGGGGGAAGCCAUUCAGAGAGCUGGUUCAUGCCCGUCAAGCAGAAUGACUUCCCUGACUGGCAGCGAACUAAACUAGACACGCCACUGCCAUGUUACAAUUGGACGCUGGCGAUGGGCACUAAAUGGAAGUCCUUCUUCGAGACAGUUCAUGUCUACUUGCGCAGCCGUAUCCUCACAGAUGACCCAGGUGUCAACGAGACCCUUUUCUAUGAGCCGUUGGAAAUGGACUCUGCUAACCUGGGGUACAUGAAGAUCAACAGUCUGAGGGUGUUCGGUUAUAGCAUGCACUUCGAUUCCGAUAGUGUCAAGGAGCUGAUCUCACAGUUGGACUACCCAUACACACAGGGAACACAGGACGCUGCAUUUCUGGCACUUAUGGAGAUCCGUGACCGUGUAAAUCGACUCACGCCACCUGCCGAACGCCCGCUCGACCUCUUCUCUUGCCUGCUUCGCCACCGGCUCAAGCUCUCAGCCAGUGAGGUGGCACGUGUCCGCGACUCGCUUCACAGCUUCAGUGCCAAGUUGCCCAGUUCCUCUAAACCUGAACUCGCCCAGCUGUGCAGCUAGCUCAUACAAUUCUCUCCUGCCUGGGAGUGUGUGUGUGUGUGUGUAUGUGUGUGUGUGUGAAUUUCCAAUAAGAAAGAGGGAGAAUUCAGCCAGCUGUGCAGCUACAGUAGAUCACAUGAUUCUCUCCUGCAAUUUCCUCUACUAUUUUAUCUGACUUCUGAAAUCUUGUAUUGAAAAGUUGUAUAUACUGUAUUUAACGCAGGACUGCGAUGCCCUUAUGAAAUGGAAUCUUUGUAUUCAGAAAUGUGGCUGACUGAAAUAUCAAGGCAUGAAUGGUAAGUUUGUUUCUACAUCUUUUUUGAUCUUGGAUAAUAUUCUACAGCCUGUGUGUGUGUGUGUGUGUGUGUGUGUGUGUGUGUGUGUGUGUGUGUGUAUAUAUGUGUGUGUGCGUGUGAAUAUGAAAGAUAAAGAGAGAAAAAGAACUCGGCCAGCACUGCAGCUAGCUCGUUUGAUUCUCUCUUGCUUAGGCGUGUUUGUGUUCGUCAGAAUGUGAAUGAGAAAGGCAGGGCAGAGCGGUACACAGAUUAUUUUGAAAAUGAGUGACCGUGUUCUUGCGGAUUUAGUUUUUUAAGCCUGCCACAUCCGAGCAGCAAAACUGAACCAACUGUAAGUUGUGACUGACACGCGAAUAGCAUCUCGUACAUCUGAAUGUUAACACAGACUUAAUCAAGUUGUGCUUUUGAGUGAAGCUUGAAGAGACAGAACUGCAUCCUGGCCUUUUCUGUGGAACGAUGUAAAAACAUGACAUGUCUGCUCUUUUUCUAUGUGUUCGGAGAUGUUCAUUUGGUUACUCUAUUUGAAAAAGGGCAUAGCUGAUGAAGAUUACAUUCAUAUAAAUUUAAUGGUGAAAUUUGGUUAUACAGUAAUAGCUUAAAGACACAGGUUUACUUUACUUUUCUAUUUUUAUCUGAUGUCCUAAAUCCUGUAUUGAGAGAUGUUUCUCUGUAUUUAUUACUGGAUUGAGAUGCUCUUAACAGAUUCUUCAUAUUGAGAGAUAUGACAAAAAAAAAAGGAAAAAAAAAAAGAUUAACAUCAUGGCAAACUGUCUUAUUUAAAUGUUUCAGUCUUUCAGAUGUUGAUCUUAUUAUAACAUUACAUUGUGGGCAGCUUUGUAAAUAUCGCUCUGUCAUUAAUACUCAUUCAGGAUGUGAAAGCUGCACAUUGCUCUAUUAAAUAUAAAUGGCUCAUCACUCUUAUGAAUUGAAUGAAUUUGUAAUUUCUGGUUUUUUUUUUUGGAACAGGCAAAGACCAAAAACAUUUCUUACUCAACAAAAACACGUAUCUGUUGCCUUAUGAAGUGGAGUUUGUGUUCGGAUAUUAAAGCACACUUGGUCAGCUGUGUCGUUAUC